UGUGAGCAUACCCAUACGCGCAAUUCAACCUCUCGAAGGAAUCGCUUAAUCAAAAGCCUCCCGAAAUACUCCCAAUCACAAAAGACUACAAAUCCACCGUCCCAUCACCACCACCACCACCACCACCACCACCACCACCACAAACACAACCACACACACACACGCACGCACGCACGCACGCACGCGCGACGGCGAUGGUUCCACCACCGGUAGUCCAUUCAGGGUCAUCAUCCCCAAACUCCCAAUACACCCAACAAUUUCUGAGCAGCGUUCUCUCUCAACGUGGCCCAUCGGCCCUCCCCUACUCCGAAGACGUGAAAUGGCUGAUCCGUCAACACCUCGUCUCUGUAUCCGACGCUUACCCGUCAAUCCAACCCAAGACCGCCGUCUUCACCCACAACGACGGCCGUACCGUCAACCUUCUACAAGCUGACGGUACCGUUCCGAUGAUCUUCCAAGACGUCACCUACAACAUUCCGAUCAUCAUUUGGCUCAUGGAGUCUUACCCUCGCCACCCUCCUUUAGUCUUCGUCAACCCAACUCGUGACAUGAUCAUCAAACGCCCCCACUCUUUCGUCAAUCCUUCGGGGGUCGUAUCGAUUCAAUAUUUGCAAAGUUGGGUCUACCCUAGUUCCAAUUUGGUUGAUUUGGCUCGCAAUUUGAGCCACUUCUUUGGCCGUGAUCCGCCGCUCUAUGCGCAGCGUAGACCCACUCCAAACUCUACUAACCCUAACCCUAGUUUUGCCUCCCAAAAUAAUGGGUCUUCAGUGGUUUCUUUGAAUUCGGCAUCGGUGGGGUCGACCCGACCGGCGAUUCCUCCCAGGACUUAUCCACCAUCACCAUAUGGGAGUGGUAGUGGUGGUGGCGGUGGAGGGAGGAUUCCGCCACCGUCCCCGCAGAGGCCGGCGGUGGCUGCAACAGAGGACCCGACUGAGGUUUUCAAGAGGAAUGCCAUUAAUAAGCUUAUGGAAAGCUUGCAUAGCGAUAUAGGGGCUUUGAGAAAGACGAGGGAGGCAGAAAUAGACGGUUUAUCUACCGCUCAAAUGGUGUUGAGACAGCGAGAGGAACAGUUGUUAAAAGGGUUGAGGGAAAUGCAGGAUGAGAAAGAAGGGUUGGAGCAGCAAUUGCAGAUGGUUUUGACAAAUACCGAUGUUUUGGAGGGGUGGUUGAGAGACAAUGAAGCGAAGAUGGCAAAAAUGGGCAAUGUGAAUGUGGAUGAUGCUUUUGAGCCCUGUGAUAUUCUUUCUAAGCAAAUGCUCGAGUGUUCGACUUCGGAUAUGGCUAUAGAGGAUGUGAUUUAUUCAAUGGAUAAGGCGGUGCAAGAGGGGGCAGUACCGAUUGAUCAGUAUUUGAGGACUGUGAGGUUAUUGUCGAGGGAACAGUUUUUCCAUCGAGCCACAGCUUCAAAAGUUAGGGCUGCUCAAAUGCAGGCUCAGGUGACUAGUAUGGCUGCCAGGGCAUCUCAAUAUUCUUUGUGAAAGUCCGUGUCGCUUUGUAUCUUGCUGGGUCGAACAAUGAGUCGCUGCACACGGGGGCCAGACUUCUGUGGUAUGUCAUGAUGGCCUUAAAAGAAUUUGGAGAAUCAUAUAGUUCUUAGGGUAUGCUGCUUGUGAAAUUUGUUAAUGUUAUAGAUAUUUUCUUUUCUACUUUCCGUGGAUUUUCGAUUGUUUAUCAAUGAUUUGUACUGAUAGCAGCUUAUAAAAAGUUAUAUGUGUUUCUCAAUAAUAUAUGUAGAACACUUUUCAAUUUUGUUUAGUUUCUCAUUUG